UGGGCGUGGCUUAAAUUACAAAUCGUUUGGGGGCUUUUACUGAAGCUAUGAUCUACAGUGAGUUACUGGGGAAGUUAAGGCAUUAUAAAUCCCUACAUGCGACAAAACGACAGAACCUGUACAUACUUCAGAACGAUAAGGGAUUCUCGUUUAUUUGAUACUUUUAGUUUCAAGUUAAGAUAGUUUAACGUCCACCUGUUGAUCCAGUGAGCAUCUCUGUUUACAUUUAGCAAGCGUAGCUAUGCUAGCUAGUUUGCUUGCUUUAGUGUAGUUUAAAAAUUAAGGUUAUACCAAUGAAGCACAAACUAUUAAGAGGCUGGAUCAUUUUUAAAGUAACACGUCAACAAACUAGCUGAAGUCAAGAUUUACAUUUUGAGUACGUGAAAAGUUUAACAGAAGAUGUGACCAGGCUGAGGAGUCUGCUCAAACUGUCAGAGCACGGUUUGCACAGUUUGGGACUAAAACUGAGCUGUUCAACCUCACAUGGUGAGUCAGCCUCAGUCAAAGAAAUGGAGCCUCUUUCUCUAAGGAAGAAGACAAGCUGUGUGCGUCAGGAGAACGCCUGUCUGAGCUUCCAGGAUGAGCAGCUCAUCAGCAACCUUGAUGCUGUGCAGUAUGACCUGGCCUCCUUUAAGACACAGGUUGGCCUCAGGGGCUCAGGGGUCGGAGCUAAAAACCAUGUAGCAGUCAUGAGUGAGCAUAUUCGACAGCUUCAAGCUGAGCUGGAGGCUCAGGCCAAAGAUCUCAAGGCAGCAGAGCUGAGGGCAGAGUGCAGCCAGGAAGCAGCCGCACACAGUGACAUUGUGGUGACGAAUCUCAGCGAGGAGCUGACUGUGCUCAGAGAAGAGCUAGACAACGUGACAGCACUGUGUAAACGAGCGGAGCAACAAAGGAACCAAGCACUACAAAAUGCAGAGAAACUCAAAGAAGCAUUCAAAGAAUACAAAGCCAUGAUUUCCAUGAAACUUGAAAUGGUGAUGGAGAGUGAGUGCAAACUAAAAGAGAGUCUUAUUGAGUGUGACAGAGAAAAAGAGGCGCUGGAAAUGAAGUGCACUGCGUUUGAAAGAGAGAAGGUGGAGCAGAACCAAACCAUUAGCCGGCUGAAGGAAGAGGUGAGGCAAACUGAGUCUGCAGCUGCUGGCCUCCAGGUGCAGCUGGAGGAGGCAAGACAAAAGACCUUACAACUAGAGAGGAGGCUUAAGGAGCAGGGAGCAGAGUGCAGGGAUCGGGCCUCUCUGCAGAAGGAGCUUGAAGACUUGCGGCAUCUCAGCCAGAGUCUGGAGCAGAGGGUGGCUCAGAGUCACAGAGAGGCUCAGCAGAGCCAGACAGAGCUUGCCAGCCUGGAGGCAGCACUGACCCUGCUGCACAUGCGAGAGCCUGCUGGGGGGGCAUUGUGCAUCAGGCCCUGCAUGUUGCCUCAAGUGGACUAUUCAGGAACUGCACACCUGCUGAAACUAAAGCCAGGUGAAGGUUAUCAGCAGCUUCUGCGAGUGCUGCAGCCGAUUGAAGCAGAGCGAAACAAACAGAAUAGCCUGGUCCAGCUGCUUCAGGAGCGUCUGAGCAGAGCCCAGGAGGAGAUCUCCACCCUGCAAAGCUCCAUGGCUCAGAGAGCCUCACACUACCAGAGUCUUCACACUGAAAUGCUGGACAAAGUCAGCCAAGCCACAGAUACAGAGAAAGAGUUAAGAAGAAAAAGUGCUCGUGCAGCCGCGCUGGAGAAACAGCUGCAGGAAAAAACCUCGGCCUACAGUCAGGCUGCGCUGACCAACACUGAGCUGGAGAAUCAGCUGCUGGAGAAAAGCAGCACCCUCCAGCAUUACCAGUCACUGAUGACCAGAAAGCAAAGGGAGUACCAGCAGUCUCUGGAGAAGUGUAAAACAUCUCACACUCAACAGUUCAACGAGCAGCAGCACAGAAUAGAAAUGUUGCAGUUGUCUGUGGAGGAGGCUCAGUCUCGGGUUUUGGAGAUGGAACAGGAGCUGAGCGCUCUCCAGAGGGAGCGAGAUGAUGCUCAGAGAGCAGCUCUCCUGGUGCAGAGUUCCUUAGACCAACUCUCACAGCAGAAGCAGGCUGAAGAAAGACUCAGUGAGGAGCUGCUGCAGAGUUUCAAAGACGAGGCGAAACAAUCUGCCACCAAGGUGUGUGAACUGCAGUCCUGUCUGUCAGCAUGCAGACAGGAGCUAAGCUCAUACCUACAGCAAAUGGAGGAAGUAAAGAAUAACUAUGAGACCGAGCUGCUGAAGAACAACGACAAGGUGUCCUCCAUGCAGGAGAAGCUCCACAGUGCCAGUCUGGUGUGCCAGAGCUCUGGUGAAAAGAACAUGCAGCUGCAGCUUUCUCUGCAGCAGCAGCAGACCAUGCUGACUGAGAGCACUGCUCACAUCUCUGAACUGGAGGAGAGUCAGAGCCAGCUGCAGACACAGGUGUCCAGUCUGGAGCAGCAGCUGGAACGAGCCCGGGCUGCUCUGCAGAGCGAGGUAAUGAACAGAGAGCAAGAGGUGCAGGAGAGAGACCAAAACCUGCAGGAGGUGAACCAGCAGAACACACAACUUUCUGAAUCUGUCAGCCAGCUGUCCUCGGAGAUGAAGGAGUGCCGAGGGGAGCUGGAUUCUAAGGAGUCAGAGCUGAAACGCUUGAGGAGAGAUGUGGCUGUGAAGACGUCUCACAUAAGCCGCAUGGAGGAAACCCUAAAAAACCUGACUAAUCAGCUCGACAGAAAGACGGACAUUGUUGUUGAUCUAGAAGAGAAGCUCCAUCGCUGCGAGGCUGACAGGCUCAACAGCAUCCGGCGGGUCCAGCACCUGGAGGGACAGCUUCAGGACGUGCAGCGAGAGCUGGCCGAUACUCUGGAGCAGCUACAGACACUCAGAGAUGUUUUGCAGAGAACUCAAACUACUGCAGAUGAGCAGCAAGAGAAGGUGGAAAAGCUGACUUUCCAGCUUAGUGAAACCCAGAGGGAGUUGGAGGAGAGAACUCACGAGGUCUUAGACAUGGACAGUGCACUGAAGGAAAGACAGGGGGAGCUCCAGAAGCGAGCACAGCUGCUGGCACAGCUGGAGGUGGCCAUCAGAGAUCACAAGCAGGAGAUGGAGAGGAAGGUGGAGUCAGUGCAGCAAGACCUGGAGGUCAGAGAGCGAGAGCUGAGAGACGCACGGAACGAGCUCACGGACAGAAACAUGAAGGAGUCCCAGGAGCUGCAUGUGUGUCAGCAGAAACUUCAAACUGUAAUGCAGGAGCUUGAAGAAAGUAGACAUCACUGUGAGACUUUGACCAGAGAGCUGGACUCCACCAAGCUGCAGGACAAAGACAAGGAGGUCCGGCUCGGAAGAGUGGAGGAGCAGCUGGCUUUGAAGGAGGCGCGUUGGCUGAAGUUGGAGGCCAGGCUGCAGAGCACCAUCACCUCUUUAGAUCAGGAGCUGGAAUUGGAGAGGGAACAGCACAGCAAGGAGCUGGAGUCUGUGCAGCAGACUCGAGGCCAGCUCCUCAAGGUCUCUGAGCAGAUCUCCUCCACCAUGCGCUCCUCCCAGGAGCAGCUCGCCACUAAACUUCAGGAGAGCCAGAACCAACUUGAGCAUGCCAAGGCGGAGUGUGAUCAGACCAAAGCCCAGCUGGACCAAACCAAGAGUGAGAUGGAUCACACUCGGAACCAACUCAGCAGACUGCAAACUCAGAGAGACCUGAUACAGGCCGAUCUCCUGCAGAGUAAAGCCCAGCUGGAGGAAAGCAGGAUCCUGUACGAGCAGACCAGAGCCCAGAACGGUCACCUCCGGGUCCAGCUGGAGCAGCUUAUUGCCCAAUUCAAUCAGGCCAGAGUCCAGACGGAACAGCUCCAGGGCCAGCUCCAGGCCUCGGAGAGGGACAUGGAGACAUCCAGCGAGUCUCUGCUCAUCAAGGAGUCCGAGGUGACCCGUCUCCAGGCCAAGAUUUCCAGUCUGGAGCGAGCUGUUGACCGCCAGAAUCUUUACAACCACACUCUCUCCCUCCCUGCUGCUCCCUCCUCAGACAGCUCCUCCCCUCCACACCUCCUUCUGUCUUCACCCAGAAAGUUUCAGACAGCUACCCUGACUUCUAACAACGCUCUCUCGACUCACCUUUACUCACCAACGCACCACAGAACCUGCUUAUCGCCUCCUCCUCACACACACCUUCAGCACUCCUCAGCUCAUAGUUUUUCAAACCAAACUUGUGAUUGGCUGCAGAGAAGCAGCGUCGACUCCUCUCUGGAUCUCCCUCCGAGCCUGAAGGCCACACUGAAGGAGGCUCUGAGCAAGCAGCCAUGGGAUUCCUCCUCCUCCUCCCCCUCUGUUUCCUCUUUCUCCACGGACACAGGGGACCACAGCUGGCAAGGCUUGAGUACCACUGAGGCCACAUUGACCUCUGACCUCUCCUUUAACCCACUUACAUACAUGCUGCACAGGCAGGAUGAUGGAGACUUGCAGGAGGGAGAGGAGGAGCAGACGAGUGAGUCGAGGAGAGAGUCUGUGAGCACUCUGGUGGCUGAGGAGGAGGAGGAGGAGGAGGAGGGGGGGACGGAUAUGAGCACAUUGACAGGGAUGCUAAGGUUUGUGAAUCAGACGUUAGCGAUGCAGGAGGACCCGUCUUUAUGGAGCUCCACGGCAAUUUCACAGAGCGAACGCAGCCUUGAACCUCAGAGAGACAUCAAGGACACAUGAGUUGUCACUGAGUGGGCGACCAGAGGAGAAGAGAACAGCUGUUUACACUGGUGUCAUCACUGUGGGUUCAAGUACAUGUAAUAAAGCCCUGCAUUGAUGAACAUCCCUCAUCAUUCUGUUCCUCUGGUGUGUGAUUGAAAUCAAGAUGACUUCCCAAAUCAGUGAAGCGAUCACUACAUUGAAGGCUGUAAAUGAUUCACUGUGGUGCCAUUUCAUAUAGUACAAAUGUAGCAGCUCAUGUUGUAUUUAACUGAUAUUUAUAUUUCUACACAUUUUUAAAUAAGCUAAGUGAAUAAAACGUUUUGUACAAAGUA